UCAUGGACCCCCUUUAAAAUGCCCCCCAGGGGCCCUGUACCAAAGUCAACUGAUCAAGAAAAUGGGGGGAGUCUCUCUGUAUGGAACCACUGCUGCCUUUUCCUUAGGACAGGAGUAUUUGGAGAUUCAUGCUGUGAAAGAAGAAACAGCCCAUGGCUUCAGAAUCCAUGGUCCCAGAGCAGGCCAAACAGCCUCUGAUAAAAGGAAAAAGGCGGCAGCAGCAGCAAACCAAGUCUUCUAACAGCGACGGUGAAGAUGAAAUAUUUGUAUUUGAAGCAAAUGAGGCUUGGAAAGAUUUUCACAGCUCUCUUCUUCACUUCUUUGAAGCUGGAGAGCUCUGCGAUGUUACACUGAAGGUUGGUUCAAAGCUUAUCUCCUGCCACAAACUGGUGCUCGCUUGUGUUAUACCUUAUUUUAGAGCCAUGUUCCUUUCAGAAAUGGCUGAAGCCAAGCAGACGCUGAUCGAGAUCAAGGACUUUGACGGUGACGCCAUCGAAGACCUGGUGAAGUUUGUCUACUCCUCCCGCCUUACGCUGACUGUCGAUAACGUCCAGCCUCUCUUGUACGCCGCGUGCAUUCUGCAGGUGGAGCUGGUAGCAAAAGCUUGCUGUGAGUACAUGAAGCUCCACUUCCAUCCCUCCAACUGCCUGGCGGUGAGGGCCUUCGCCGAGAGUCACAACCGCAUCGACCUGAUGGACAUGGCCGAUCAGUACGCGUGCGAGCACUUUGCCGAAGUGGUGGAGUGCGAGGACUUUGUGAGCGUGUCGCCCCAGCACCUCCAUAAACUCUUGUCCUCCAGCGAUCUGAACAUAGAAAACGAGAAGCAAGUUUACAAUGCUGCCAUCAAGUGGCUUCUGGCCAACCCACAGCACCACGCUUUGUGGCUGGAUGAAAUACUUGCUCAGGUACGACUGCCUCUGUUGCCCAUUUGCUUCCUUAUGGGUGUUGUGGCAAAGGAAGAGAUUGUCAAGCAGAAUCUAAAAUGUAGGGAUUUGCUGGAUGAAGCAAGAAACUACCACCUUCACCUGAGCAGCAGGGCAGUGCCAGACUUUGAAUACUCCAUUCGCACAACACCAAGGAAGCAGACUGCUGGUGUGUUAUUCUGCGUCGGGGGGAGAGGUGGCUCCGGUGACCCGUUCCGCAGCAUUGAAUGUUACUCUAUCAGUAAGAACAACUGGUUCUUCGGCCCCGAAAUGAACAGCAGAAGACGACACGUGGGGGUCAUCUCUGUGGGAGGUAAAGUCUAUGCAGUAGGUGGGCACGAUGGAAAUGAACACUUGGGAAGCAUGGAAGUAUUUGAUCCUCUCACAGACAAGUGGAUGAUGAAGGCCUCAAUGAACACAAAGAGGAGAGGAAUCGCUCUCGCCUCCCUGGGCGGCCCGAUUUACGCGAUAGGAGGUCUGGAUGACAACACGUGCUUCAGCGACGUGGAACGCUACGACAUCGACUCCGACCGCUGGAGCAGCAUAGCCCCCAUGAACACCCCUCGAGGAGGCGUUGGUUCUGUAGCCCUCAUGAGCCAUGUUUAUGCUGUGGGUGGCAACGAUGGGGUAGCAUCUCUUUCCAGCGUGGAAAAAUAUGACCCUCAUUUGGAUAAGUGGAUAGAAGUGAAAGAGAUGGGUCAGCGAAGAGCUGGCAAUGGUGUCAGCGAGCUCCACGGCUGCUUGUACGUCGUUGGUGGUUUCGAUGACAACUCGCCGCUGAGCUCCGUGGAGCGGUUUGACCCGCGCAGUAACAGAUGGGAGUACGUGGCAGAGCUGACGACGCCCAGGGGCGGAGUGGGCAUAGCCACGCUGAUGGGCAAAAUCUUUGCCGUCGGAGGUCACAAUGGCAACGCGUACCUGAACACAGUGGAAGCGUUUGAUCCCAUAGUGAACAGGUGGGAACUCGUCGGCUCUGUGUCGCACUGCAGGGCAGGGGCAGGAGUGGCCGUGUGCUCCUGUCUCAGCAGCCAGGUCCGUGAUGUGGGUCAGGGAUCCAGCAACGUCGUUGACUGCAUGUGAACGCUGCCGUCUCCUCUCCAAUCCAGAAGAGCAGCACCACGGAGGCACUGCACAGCUUUUUAAACACAGUGUUUUGUAUGGUGGGUUAUGAGAAACACAACGCAUUUUCUUUGGGAAAAUGUUCCUUACCGCCACAGUAUGGUUUUGGUGGAGUUCUGAUAAACGUGAGAUAGAAAAGCCUUGAGAAAAUGGAGCAGAAGCCUGUCUUUCCGGAGAAAAUCCACCUCAGCCGUGCCUGCUCCAUUUUUAAGAAGUUGGAAUUUCAAAAUCAUUUCAAGCAGCUGUUGCAGGGAAUCACUACUGAACUGUAAACCAGGCACUGGGGCAGGAGAGAGCAGUAGCUGGAGCUGCUGAGCCUUCCCAGCAGCCCUGCUAAGCGUUUACUGAAGGACUGGUGUGCCAUGUACAUGUAAUUUAUUUUCCAGAAAUGCAGUCCUCAACAUUUUCUAGUUCUAGAAGGGCCUUUCAUGUUUUAGAAGGUAAAAAACAUCCCCAUUUCAUACUGAGGUAACCACAGCAGAGAGGUCAGCUGCUUACCUCCCAGGGGACUGAGAGUCCCUGGCUGCUGCUGGCUGCAGUGCAACCGUUCCUGAGACUGAAGACAGUCAGUCCCAAGCUGUCAUUUGUACUUUGUCACUUGUGGCAAAGCUGAAAAGAUACCUGCCCUCUGUGUGGGACGUACCUGCUGCAAUACUGGCCUUUUUGUCUUCAAUAAAACGUAUAGUAAAGACUCCCUCCAAAAGGUAAGUUUCUGUCGAGAUCCUGUUCCUUAAGUAUAAUGGUAAUAAAGUGCCACGUGCCCUACUUUUAGAUAACCGUGUGACAAAGUGUGGAGGUUAGCGGCCUCCGAGCCUGCCGAUUCCAUUUAUCCUAUGAAGUAGCAACACAUCAGAGAAGUUGCAGUAUUCUGACGAAACAAAACACACCUUUAAAUGCAACUCUUAGGAGCUUCCAUGUCCAGUCUGAGUGCUUAGCAGCAAUGCAGGGACAACAAGAAGGCUCAAGAUGGAAAGAAUGCAUCCCCAAAACAAUUGACCCUAAAACAAAGCACUGCAAACAAAACAAUACUUCUUAUAAAAUUAAACCCCCCAAACUCAACAUGAAACCCUGAACUCAAGAGCAAGUCCGGCUAGAAAGACUAGAGAUAGCUGCAUCACCUUGAACAAACCGAGACCUGACCCUUCUGUGACCAGUUUCACACCAGUUUCAACAUUUUCCAAGUGGCUGGAGAGACCACAGAAAACUACUUUGCAUUCAGUACCAGGAGGGCUGUGCCU